AUGGAUGGGACGCGCGGCGGGUGCAAUGCCAUCCACAACUGCACCGAGCAGCAGUACUGGGACGCCCUCGUUUGCCAGUGCAUCCCCUGCAGCCUCGUAUGCGGCCGGUCCACGGUGAAGCGCUGCUCCGCGCUGUGCGAGUCCAUGGACUGCAACGCGAAAGCCGGCUUCUACUACGACGAGCUCGUCAAAAACUGCAUCAACUGCACCACGGUCUGCGGGCAGCACCCCAAGCAAUGCGCCCCGUCCUGCGAAGCGGGUGCCCUGGUAGCCAUCCCCCAUCCGCCAGCCCUGGUGACGGCCUCGCCGCCCGCGGCCGUGCUGGCGCAGAAGGCGUGCUGGCUGGUGGUGUACCUGCUGCUGGGGCUCUGCCUCUGCGCCCUCCUCUGCUCCCUGCUCCUGGGCUGGACCCACCUGCGCAGGAAGGGAGAGGUGGUCUCCUGCCAAGCCAGUGCCGGGACCUGCCACUGCAGGGAGGAUUCAGCCAAAGAUCGUCUGGUGGAAGUGGGCAGCGUUGGUGACGGAUCCACGGGCAGCAAGGUCCCAGAGCCGGUGGAAACCUGCGGCUUCUGCUUCCCUGGACACGGCUCUGCUAUACAAGAGACCAAAUCGUGCCACGGGACCUCCUACCACAUCGGGGAAAGAGCCGCGCUCUGCCACACCGGGGUGUGCAGCACGGGAAGCGCUGGGGCCGUACCCAGCCCUGACGACGGCCACUUCAAAAUCAUAUGUUCUCCUUCGCAAGAGAAGACACCCAUGGUGUGA